GAUCAAUCGAUGAUAAGUAUGAAGUGAGAAAUAGUUGCUGGAAGUAUCACAGACAUCUCAACAAUUCAAGAAUGUCCACCUAGGGGGAGAUAACAAUGUCUGAUUACUCUUUUCGUAACUCUAGCGAUGGGCGUCAGUCCAGCCUGAGCGUACAGGGCGAGUCCAUGGGCAGAGACACUUUGAAUGAAAAUGUGAAAAGAUCCUACAGGUAUCGCGUGGUAUCAAAUGAUUCAUCGGUGGACGAGACACUCUUCGGAUCACACAGAGACAGGAGUAGGAAGACACAGGGUGGAUGGAGUGAUAGUCCAUCACAAAGAGCGUCCCCAAGUGGGACUAGGAAAUCUCCCGCUAUCAAGCCCACACUAACUGUGUCCCCUUCUAUGCCAAAGACAAAGAAUAGGUACCGGAUUGUCCAGCACACGCCGACUUACGUGGACCACUCGCUCUUUGGGGGGCCACUUGAGAAACCCUCUUUUGAGGCACCUUGGACCGACAAGAAAGCUGAUAGACGUCGGAACACGCCUCUCAUGUGGGGGUCCCCAGUUCAGGGUAGCCUCGAAUUUGAAUCGACAUCGAACUCGUCCAUGGGUGGUGAGCGUCCUUUGUCAUCCGUUGGAAGUCGGCCUGGGUCGGCCACAGGAGGUAGGUCGUCUGCUGGAAGCAGGCCUCAGUCUGCAUCAGGGAGGCGCUCAGUAACACCUAGUAAACCACCUCCUUGGAAGUAACUGCAUCAAGCUACAAUAAUGUGCAAAUUGAGUAAACUCUUACAGUGUAUGUACAUGUAUGUGUCUAAUAGAUCUUUUACAUUUCUCAACCGCAAG